AUGCAUCUCAACGGCCUACUCCGCGGGCUCACCCUGCUGUUACUCAGCAGCGGGGCUGUCUCUCUCCCGCACCAGGAUAGCCGGAACGAUCUGAUGCACAGCAGACGCCACCUGAUGGCGAGGCAAGCUCCCGUCUCAAACACCACAAGACCAGCUAGCACCAGGGCCUCCUCCACACAACCCCUAAUCACUCCCGACCCUAGAACAUCCACACGCGUAUCAUCCACAUGGACAACCAUCGGGACGUCAAGCUCAGCACCGACAACUCAGACAAUCUCUGGUGGAGAGGUCGUCGUAGCAGUUAUCGGAGCAACCUACGUAGCUGGCGCUGGCGGCGGAUCUCUCGUGGUUGCAGGUGUCACCCACGCGCUAGCUCCCGGAGCUGUUGUGUCAAUCAUCGGUACCGGAGCGAACGGUGAUACUCCUGAGAUUGAAAACAUCUCGAAUCCGGCCCCAUCACAAAAUCCGCAAACCUCGGAUCCGGCAGAAUCCAAGCCUCCUUCUUCUGCUCCGUCUGUUCCCAGCUCUACCUCCGCAGCACCUACUUCAACAUCUGCAACAUCGUCUUCCACACCAUCAUCCACAGCUGUACCAACGCCCUACAUCAUCCUCACUUCGCAAAACUCCACAAAACAAGAGAUUCAAGACCUCAACAACACACUCUCAAGAGAUGCUGCACCAAGGUCACUGGAGGAGGUCAUUAGUGACCGCACCGGCUUGGUGGCCAUGUUCAAGGCGAACAUCACUACUGAGCAGGCAAACGCUAUGUCCAAGCGUCCUGGUGUUGCCGGUGUCACUCCUGAUGAGAGGCUGGAAGAAGAGCAACCGCCGUCAUCUUCUGCACCGCCUUCAUCUGCAUCGCGCCAGCCAACAGCGACUGGUCCUCCUGGUUCGCCAAAGACAAGUGUUCCUAACCCGUCUGACAUUGCGCUACAAUCGGAUGCAGUUGAUGAACUCAAGGCAAUUUCGCAGCCAGCUGGAGCAAGCAUUGCGGACUUGCCUGGAUUCGGAUAUGCUUCUGAAGCAGGAAAGGGAGUCACGAUUUAUGUCAUUGACACGGGCGCCAAUGCUGAGAACUCCGAAUGGACGGGCAUGACGGGAACGAAGGGCUUUAUGUACGCCCCUGGCGCGACGAAGGACGAGACUGACUUCUUGAACCAUGGCUCCUGUGUAGCUUCGAAAGCAGCCGGACCAGCAUACGGCACCGCCAAGGGAGCUGAUUUGAUUGCUGUGAAGCUACCAGGCACUCUCUCGCUCUCCGCUAUCUUCACAGCUUUGAUUGAGAUUAGCAACGAUGUCUUCCAGAAGAAGCUUGAAGGCAAAGCUGUCAUCAACAUGUCCCUAGGAUCUCGUAUCCCCGACAAAUUGUCGUCUACCACCACCGCGUACAAGCUACUGCUUGUAGCCCUUAUGGCGGAAGAUAUCGUCAUCGUCACGGCGUCUGGAAAUGAUGCUCAAUAUGGCGUGGAUGAUGUGACAGAGUACCCUGCUCUCUUCGGGCCUACCACGGAUAUCAUCGUCGUUGGAGCGACUGAGAAUGACGGCUACCGUGCAUUUUUCUCCCAAGGCACUGGAGAUCAACUAACUGUUUCUGCUCCCGGUUUCGUCGAUUGUGCCUCUGGUAGAUCUGCCGGUUCGCAGGAGCUUUAUGGGACUUCGUUCGCCGCUCCCGCAGUCGCUGGCGUGAUUGCAGUCUGGCUUUCUCAAGACGAGCACAAGGCGCGUCUUCAGGUCCCGGGCUCAGUCGCCACAAACGUCAAGGAGAUGGUCAAAUCUCUCGCAUACUCCAGAGUCGAGGGCGAGCCCGCCGUCAUCUGGAACGGUAUUGACCCUCGUGGUUUGGCAUGCUCUGCCCCUGGAUCUUCUGCGGGUAGACGUCGCCAAGCAGCGCCUUCGGGAGGCGCUGGUUCCUGUCAGGCAACUUCCGUUGCCUCUGCAGCUCCCACCAGCACCUCUGUUCCAGAGGCGCCGACCUCGACCACUGUUCCAGCUCCAACCUCUGCUGCGCCUUCGUCAUCGGCAUCUGCACAGCCUUCCCCGCCACCAAAACCGACAUGGAGUGAUGCUCCCCAAGGCUUUACUAAGGUUUUGGAGCGUGAUGGAGUAGCUAGUGCCGACUACGAUGCCACUUCUGAUAGCGCAAGUGAGGGAGUGACGAGCGGAAUAGAGCAGUGGUGUCUCUCUAAGUGCACAGAUCAAUGCGCCUCUGUCUUCCUUUACAGGGUUCUUCAAUUCAACCGCGGUGCCUACAACCCUUAUUAUAUCUGCAAUAGGUAUAACAAGGUGUGGUCUGAUACCUUUAUCCAAACUGGGAUCAGUUCAAGUGACGCGGGCGUAGCAUUCAAGUAA